AUGAGGAGCCCGGCUGCUGCCCUGGACCUGGUCUGGAUCCUCACUCCUCUCCUCCUCUUCUUGGUCCAGCCAACCUGGGCAGUGGGUGGCACUGACCCCGGUCAGGGGUCUGACCCCUGCGCCACUCUAGUCCUUGGCAAAUUCUUUGGCUAUUUCUCAUCAGCCUCCGUCUUCCCAGCCAACGCUUCCCGCUGCUCCUGGACCCUCCGGAAUCCUGACCCACGACGUUAUACCCUCUACAUGAAGGUGUCCAAGCCUGCUGGGCCUUGUGGGCCCUGGCCUGUUCGUACCUACCAGUUUGACUCUUUCCUGGAAUCCACACGCACCUACUUGGGAGUGGAGAGCUUUGAUGAGGUCUUGCGUCUCUGUGACCCCUCGGCCCGUUAUGCUUUUCUCCAGUCCAACAAGCAGUUUCUACAGAUGAGACGACAGCAGCAGCUGGCGUCUGAUGAUCAGGCCCUGGUCUCUCCAUACCCAGGCCCUGAUGCAGAAUUCUCUGUGGAGUACUUGGUGGUGGGCAAUCGCAGCCCGAGCCGGGCUGCCUGUCAGAUGCUUUGCCGCUGGCUGGAGGCCUGUCUGGCUGGCAGCCGGAGCUCUCAUCCCUGUGGCAUCAUGCAGACCCCUUGUGCCUGUUCUGGUGGGGAUGCCCCUGACCUAGCAGCUGGUGAGAACCCUCCCCGGGGGGAUGACUGCCUGAGGGAUGGCACUGAGAGCCCAGAAAACUGCCUCACCAGCUUGACCAAGGACCGAGGAGGGGACGGCAGGACUGGAGGCUGGAACCUUUGGUCCCUGUGGGGAGACUGUACCCGGGACUGUGGAGGAGGGCUCCAGACCCGGAAGAGAACAUGCCUGGCCCUCCCUGGCCACGGUGCGGCUUGUGAGGGCGUCCUCGAGGAGGGUCGUUUGUGCAAUAGAAAGGCAUGCAAUACCAGUGGAAGAUAUAAUUCUAGGAGUCAAUCCUUGAGGUCCACGGACACCCGAAGGCGAGAGGAAGCUGAUGACCUGCAGCAGUUUGGCUACCCAUCCCCCCAGACGGGAGACCCUGCAGCCGAGGAGUGGUCCCCGUGGAGUGUCUGCUCGACUACAUGUGGUGAGGGCUGGCAGACCCGGACCCGUUUCUGCGUUUCCUCAUCCUACAGCACCCAGUGUAGUGGACCCCUGCGGGAGCAGAGACAGUGCAAUAACUCAGCCAUCUGUCCAGUUCAUGGGACUUGGGAUGAGUGGUCACCCUGGAGUUUGUGUUCAUCUACCUGUGGGAGGGGCUUCCGGGACCGUACCCGCACCUGCCGCCCACCUCAGUUUGGAGGCAACCCUUGUGAAGGUCCGGAGAAACAGACCAAGUUCUGCAAUAUCGCCCUGUGCCCUGGUAAGUUGGAGGGAGACAGAGGGGCUGUGGAUGGCAACUGGAAUGAGUGGUCAAGCUGGAGUUCCUGCUCAUCUAGCUGUUCCAAUGGCACCCAGCAGCGCACGAGGGAGUGCAAUGGACCCUCUUAUGGAGGGGCUGAGUGCCAGGGUCACUGGGCCGAGACUCGAGAUUGCUUCCUCCGGCAGUGCCCAGUGGAUGGCAAGUGGCAAUCCUGGGGCACUUGGGGCAGCUGCAGUACCACAUGUGGUGGGGGCACCCAGAGACGUGAUCGAGCCUGCCUGGGCCCUUUCUUUGGAGGUGAGGCAUGCCAGGGUCCCAAGGAGGAGUACAGACAGUGCAGCCAAAGGAGGUGCCCGGAGCCCCAUGAGAUCUGCUACGAAGAUAACGCUGGUUCCAUGGUCUGGAAGGAGACGCCAGCUGGGGAUGUGGCUGCCAUACGGUGCCCCCGAAAUGCCACAGGCCUUAUCCUCAGGAAGUGUAUGUUGGACGAGGAAGGCAUCGCCUACUGGGAGUCCCCCACUUACAUCAAGUGCAUCUCCAUCGACUACCGGAACAUCCAGAUGAUGACCCGGGAGCACCUGGCAAAGGCUCAGAGGGGGAUUCCAGGUGAGGGCGUAUCAGAGGUAAUCCAGACACUGGUGGAGAUCUCUCAGGAUGGGACCAGCUACAGUGGGGACCUCCUCUCCACCAUUGAUGUGCUGAGGAACAUGACUGAGAUCUUCCGGAGGGCCUACUACAGCCCUACGCCGGGUGAUGUACAGAAUUUUGUCCAGAUUAUAAGCAACCUGCUGACCGAAGAGAACCGGGACAAGUGGGAGGAGGCCCAGCUGAUGGGCCCCAACGCUAAGGAGCUCUUUCGCCUGGUAGAGGACUUUGUCGACGUCAUUGGCUUUCGCAUGAAGGAUUUCCGAGAUUCCUACCAAGUGACGGACAACCUGGUCCUCAGCAUCCACAAGCUCCCUGCCAGUGGUGCCACUGACAUCAGCUUCCCUAUGAAAGGCUGGCGUACCCCUGGUGACUGGUCAAGGACAUCUGAGGACAAGGUCACUGUCUCCAAGAGUGUCUUCUCUACUGGUCUUGCAGAGACUGAUGCCUCCUCUGUGUUUGUGAUUGGCACCGUUCUCUACCGGAAUCUUGGCAGUAUAUUGGCCUUGCACAGGAAUACCACUGUCCUAAACUCGAAAGUCAUCUCUGUGACUGUGAAGCCUGCCCCUCGAUCCCUGCAAACCCCUCUGGAGAUUGAGUUUUCCCACAUGUACAAUGGCACCACGAACCAGACUUGCAUCCUUUGGGAGGAGGCUGAUGUAUCUUCCUCCUCCUCCUCCUCCCAGCUCGGCCCCUGGUCCUGGCGAGGCUGCCGCACGGUGCCCCUCGAUGCUUUCCGAACCCGCUGCCUCUGUGACCGCCUGUCCACCUUCGCCAUCUUAGCCCAGCGCAGCGCUGACGGGAACAUGGAAAAGGUGAUUGUCCCCUCAGUCACUCUCAUCGUGGGCUGCGGCGUGUCCUCCCUGACCCUGCUACUCCUCAUCAUCAUCUACGUUUCUGUGUGGAGGUAUAUCCGCUCUGAAAGGUCUGUUAUCCUAAUCAACUUUUGCCUCUCUAUCAUCUCUUCCAAUGCCCUCAUCCUCAUUGGGCAGACCCAGACGCGAAACAAGGUGAUCUGCACGCUGGUGGCUGCCUUCCUACACUUCUUCUUCCUGUCCUCCUUCUGCUGGGUACUCACCGAGGCUUGGCAAUCCUACAUGGCCGUCACCGGGAGGCUUCGUAACCGCAUCAUCCGCAAGCGCUUCCUCUGCCUCGGCUGGGGGCUUCCUGCUUUGGUCGUGGCCAUUUCCGUAGGAUUUACCAAGGCUAAAGGCUACAGUACGGUGAACUACUGCUGGCUCUCCUUGGAAGGGGGACUGCUGUACGCCUUCGUGGGACCAGCUGCUGCCGUUGUCCUGGUGAACAUGGUCAUCGGGAUCUUGGUUUUUAACAAACUUGUGUCCAAAGACGGGAUCACAGAUAAAAAGCUGAAGGAACGGGCAGGUCAGAUGGCAGUGCCCCUGUAUGGUCUGGCCUUGAAAUGUGCCAAGUGCGGAGUGGUUUCUGCAGCCCAAGAGACAGCGGCCACCACCAGUAAUGCCAUGGCCUCUCUAUGGAGUUCCUGCGUGGUGCUGCCACUCCUGGCUCUCACCUGGAUGUCCGCCGUCCUAGCUGUCACUGAUCGGCGCUCUGCCCUCUUCCAGAUCCUCUUCGCCGUCUUCGACUCACUGGAGGGCUUUGUCAUCGUGAUGGUACACUGCAUCCUCCGACGUGAGGUCCAGGACGCUGUGAAGUGUCGGGUGGUAGAUCGGCAGGAGGAAGGCAACGGUGACUCAGGGGGAUCUUUCCAGAAUGGUCAUGCACAGCUCAUGACUGAUUUUGAGAAGGAUGUGGAUAUGGCCUGUAGAUCAGGUGAGCACCUGACAGUGUUGAACAAGGACAUCACGGCCUGCCGGACCUCAACUAUCACAGGGACACUGAAGCGUCCUACCAUCCAGGAUGAGGAGAAACUGAAACUCAACCACCCCAAGACCCCCUCUAACUUUAACAGUCUUCCCACCAACGUGUCCAAGAUGCACCUUCAGGGAUCACCCCACUAUUUGGGUGGCGUCAACCUGAGUGAGUUCGCCAACCACACGCUGACUCUUAAGAAAGACAAGAACCCCAAGUCCAUCUAUAUCUGUGAUGGGGACAUCUUUAAGAAGCUGGACUCUGAGCUGAGCCGGGCCCAGGAGAAGGUGCUGGACACCAGCUACGUGAUCCUGCCCACCAACACCGCCACCCUUCGGGCCAAGCCCCCCAAGGAAGAGGGAAAGUACAGCAUCAACAUUGACCACAUGCCCCAGACCCGCCUUAUCCACCUCAACAUGGCAGCUGAUCCAAGCUAUGGGGUGAAGAGCCCACCCCGAGAGCCAGCCUCCUGUCCCGAGGCCCAGGCCACAUCCCUGACUCCUGCACAACCCCCAGCCCCACCCUCAGCACCGCCCCCACCUCAGCAGCAGCCCCUCCCCCCACCCCCAGCCCCACACAGCCUGGCCCCAGAGCCACACCCCAGCAAGCUAGGCGAGCCUAGCAGCGAAGGGGCACCCACGGGGGUAGUGAACAAGAGUGAGACAGUGUCCACGCUCUCCAUGAGCUCUCUGGAGAGGAGGAAAUCUCGGUAUGCAGAGCUGGAUUUUGAGGUGGGUGUCUUUUUCACUACCUUCAUGUCUUACUCUUGUCCUCUGGACUCCCUUGGUCUGAAGGGGAGCCAAAGCCACUGCCUCCAGAGUAUCAGUAGUUUGAUAGAGAAAUUUGCUGAGAAAUAG